CGUAAAUUUUUAUAAAAUUAUGUCAACUUUUUCUCUGUCCCACUAAUUUUUUCUAUUAUUUUUGCGUACGUUGAAAUAUAGGAUUAAGACCUAGUAACUGAACUAAUUUACCAAUUUAGAACGUAUAUUACCGAUAGUUACAUUAUAGUGAUACGGUUAAAGCAUUUUAUUGUGUCGUGCUAGAUUUCAAGUGAAGUGUGCUCGAUUGUGUAAAAACGGGAAAGACAUCACAUGAAAACAAAAGAAACAUACCAUACAGUGCUUCAUCAAAUCCGUUCCAGUUAAAAGCUGAAAGCUAACAAAGAAAGUUAUGAAAUAAAAAGUUAUGCUAAUCGUAGAACAGCUAACAAAAUAUUACAAUACUACUGUGAUCUCUAUAGUGUGAUUAGUGUAUUUUUGUGUUCAUGAUUCUUGCUGAGGACUAGUGUGAAUUGUGUUUCGUUCUGAAUAUUUACAAUUGAUGAUCUUCUGAGAUCACAAUGAGUUCGGUCAACAUGCGGCCACCGCCUCCGUUGAAGCAGAUCGAUUUGGACCAGAUAUGGGGCGACCUGCGAGAGGGCAUCGAGCAAGUGUACAAGAGGCAGUACAUGACGAAACAACGCUAUAUGGACCUGUAUACUCAUGUAUACAACUACUGCACGUCGGUGCACCAGCAGGGCAGCAGCAGCUCGCCCGCGCCCCGCGGCGCGCCGCCCGCCAACAGGAGCACGCAGGGGAAGAAACAGGCUGGGCACGUGCACGGCGGCGCGCAGCUGGUCGGGCUCGAGCUGUACAAGCGGCUGCGCGAGUUCCUCAGGAACUAUCUUAUCAACUUGCUCAAGAACGGCGCCGAGUUAAUGGGCGAGGACGUGCUAGCGUUCUACACGACUCAAUGGGAGGAGUACCAGUUCAGCUCGCGGGUGCUGAACGGGGUGUGCUCCUACCUGAACCGGCACUGGGUCAAGCGCGAGUUCGAGGAGAGCCGCAAGGGCAUCUACGAGAUCUACCAGCUAGCGUUGGUCACGUGGCGCGACAACCUGUUCAAGUGCCUUAACAAGCAGGUGACCAGCGCGGUGCUCAAGCUCAUCGAGAGGGAACGCAAUGGGGAAACUAUUAACACUAGACUUGUGUCUGGGGUGAUCAACUGCUACGUGGCCCUCGGUCUCAACGAGGAGGAGCCGAGCGCGCGCGGGCAGAACCUCGGGAUUUACAAGGACACCUUCGAGGCUGUGUUCUUGGAGGAUACUGAGAGGUUCUACACUCGGGAGAGCACCGAUUUCCUGAGAAACAACCCCGUCACCGAAUACAUGAUCAAGGCGGAACAACGCCUGCAAGAGGAGCAGAAGCGAGUGCAGGUGUACCUGCACGAGACCACCAUGGAGCGGCUGGCCAAGACCUGCGACCGCGUGCUCAUAGAGAAGCACCUGGAGAUCUUCCAUCAGGAGUUCCAGAAACUCCUGGACGGCGAGAAGAACACCGACCUGGGGCGCAUGUACGCGCUCGUGGCGCGCAUCCCCGACGGGCUGUGCGAGCUGCGGCGCCUGCUGGAGCAGCACAUCCACGCGCAGGGGCUGAGCGCGCUCGCGCACUGCGCGCCCGCGCCCGCCGACCCGAAGAUGUACGUGUCAACGAUACUGGAAGUGCACAAGAAAUACAAUGCGCUGGUGCUGCUCGCGUUCAACAACGACAGCGGGUUCGUGGCCGCGCUCGACAAGGCGUGCGGCCGGUUCAUUAACAGCAACUCAGUGACAAAGGCGGCCAACUCUUCGUCGAAGAGUCCCGAGCUGCUCGCCAAGUACUGCGACCUGCUGCUGAAGAAGAGCAGCAAGAACCCUGAGGAAGCUGAACUGGAGGACACGCUGAACCAAGUGAUGGUGGUGUUCAAGUACAUAGAGGACAAGGACGUGUUCCAGAAGUUCUACAGCAAGAUGCUGGCCAAGAGACUGGUGCAACACAUGUCUGCCAGCGACGACGCAGAGGCCUCAAUGAUCUCGAAAUUGAAACAAGCGUGCGGAUUUGAAUACACCAGCAAACUGCAGAGGAUGUUCCAGGACAUAGGCGUCUCCAAGGACCUGAACGAGAACUUCCGCAAACACCUAUCCAUGUCGUCCGAGGCGCCUCUGCACAUCGACUUCAGCAUCCAGGUGCUGUCGUCGGGCUCGUGGCCCUUCCAGCAGAGCUCGUGCUUCCAGCUGCCCACUGAAUUGGAGCGCUCGGUCCACCGUUUCAGCACGUUCUACUCGUCGCAGCACUCGGGGCGCAAGCUCAACUGGCUCUACAACAUGAGCAAGGGCGAGCUGCUCACCAACUGCUUCAAGAACAGAUACACCCUACAAGCGAGCACAUUCCAGAUGGCAGUCCUUCUCCAGUACAACGACAACACAUCCUGGACUCUCAGGCAGCUGGAGCACCACACGGCGAUCAAGGGCGAGCUGCUGGUGCAGGUGCUACAAAUCUUACUGAAGGCUAAACUGCUGGUGUGCUCCGACGACGAGACGGAGCUGACCGAGGCCUCCGUCAUCGACCUCUACGUAGGAUAUAAGAAUAAGAAGUUGCGCGUCAACAUCAACAUCCCGCUCAAGACGGAGCUGAAGGCGGAGCAGGAGACCACGCACAAGCACAUCGAGGAGGACCGGAAGAUGCUCAUACAGGCGGCGAUCGUGAGAAUCAUGAAGACGCGCAAGACGUUGAAGCACCAGCACCUGGUGGUGGAGGUGCUCAACCAGCUGUCGUCGCGGUUCAAGCCCAGGGUCCAGGUCAUCAAGAAAUGCAUCGACAUCCUGAUAGAGAAGGAGUACCUGGAGCGCACUGAGGGCGAGAAGGACACGUACAGCUACCUCGCGUGAUGGGGGGGGCACACACACACACACGCAGUAUGAAUAAUAAACAACUACAUGUAUACUAACA